CCCAGAGAGGGACAGUAUCAACAAUCAAUGGGGAAGAGCAGAACACUAGUGGAUUUGUGGCUCUGGUUUUGAAAAGGUGUGGGAAUGCCCUGUGAUGCUUUCCCCCGUACUCCUUUUGAAUGUUAAUGCUUUCUUGGGGAUGAUUUCAGACACACUGCUAGGAUACUGCCUCUACUCGCUGAAGCAGAAUCCUCUGAAGAGUUGCUGAGGCAGAACUGAAAUCAUCGUUCGCCUCAAAGAAGCAGCCGUGUUGGCCGCUAAUGAUGCCUCACACAGAAAGACGAUGCUCCUUUAACUCAAGGGUUUUAACGGGAAGUUUCUAAGCCUGAAACAACAGCUUUAGAUCUGGGGUGUGCCAUCAGCUGCUCGCAGCCACCACUGUCUACUGCUUUCACACAGCCCGGUCGGUCAGGAGGAAUGGAAACUGAAGAAGCUUAUAACUACCUGUAACAGUUCCACCAGGAAAUGGAUCAAGUGUUUGUUCAGUCAGAUCCAGCUGGCACCCUGAAGUUUGAAUUCAGUACCCUGGACUGUGAGGGGCUAGAGAUUUGAGUGAACCCCUCUUGAAAGAGGCAAUGAUCAUCGAACAGCAAGAAAUGCCUCACAGAGUCUGUUGUUUAAUGAGGGGAAGAAGAUGAACCCCAUGGAGACAUAAGAAGGUGCUGCCACAGAAAUGCAGAAAAGAGAAAAAGCAGCAGGAGCCCGAUGGUUUGGAAGUCCAAGACACCUCCUUUCUCUCAUGGCUCAGGCAAGAGACAGCAAAGAAGCAUCACAGCUCUCUUAGUCACGUCUUAAGUGAAGCAACACUUUGUUUUUCUUCUAUAACUUAGCCUCUCCAAGGUGCCAGCACCAUGAUCUCAGCAGACUGAUGAUGGAACAAAAAGAAACGGGGCGAUCCCCUACUCUGUCUUCCUCAGACAAUGGAUGGAGGACAGCCGGUUCCUUCACCCCUGGUGCCCUUCGGGAACACGUUGUCAGAGUCUAGCAUGUCCCUGGAGCAAAAGACCACGUUUGUUUUUGUGAUUUUGUUAUUUAUCUUCCUGGGCAUCCUCAUUGUCAGGUGCUUCCGGAUUCUUCUGGACCCCUAUCGGAGCAUGCCGACCUCGACCUGGGCUGAUGGACUUGAGGGCCUGGAGAAAGGGCAGUUUGACCAUGCUCUUGCUUAGCAGGGGGAGUGAGACCCCCUCCUGAGGAGGUGAAGUGUUUCAUGUCUUGGCAAAGAAUUCUCUUUCAUCAGUGUUCUCAGCAAACUGAGUUUUAGCAGCAUCUGUUCCUAAGACCACCAUCCAUGAUUCAGUAAGCAUGCUGUUGGGUUAAAACAUUGAGAACAUUGGAAAUGGAGAUUUAUAUUACUGACCAAAAAUAGAUAGGUUUAAAUUUCUGUACACAGUCAAUGAAGGAACACUGUCGAAUGUGUGCAAUGGAGAGACCAUGAGCAUCGAUGCUGUUGUAAACUUUGCCGUAGGAGGAAGUGCUACCCAACCCAACCCGGGAAUAAAGACCAGAAAGGAUCUGGUCUGAAUCUGGUGACAGGGCCAAGAGGAUGCUUUCUUGCUUUAGUCCUGUCCCUCAGGCUGCUUUAUUUUCAUGGGAAUCUGGGUCCCAGGCAGGGAGUGAGAAGACUAUGUUCAGUGGACCAAAAGCAGGUACUUGUUUUCACCUAAAGCAAGGAGCAUGGGGAGGCCCUGGCUUACAAGAGAUGGUUCCAUCCUGGGAAAAUACAAGUGAGGAUGAUGUUUCAUUUUUUAAAUAAAACUGAAGUCAAAGGUUUAUGGUGGUUUUAAAACUAUUUGCCAGGGCAGGUACAUUCUAUGUAUUCAUAUUAAUAACAUGUGUGGGUGUUGCUAUACAUAACCUGAAUUUAUUCUCUUUACACAAACAACUGAAAUAAUAGGUUACAAGUGCAACCUCAAGUUUAUUUGUUUUUUUAAAUAAAAAGUUAAUUGUUUAGAGGAGGAGACUUUCACGGUCUCAAGAGAACUGUGUGUUUAUGACUGGAUAUAGAAAUCAAAUAAAGCUUUUUAAGACACA